GGCGCGGAGGCAGGCACAGCCAGACGAGCGCCGAGCCGCCGCGCCGGGCCCACGAGUGCGCCGCCAUGGCCUCCCUGCAAGCCAAGGACGCCUACUUGCAGGACCUGGCCAGGAAGAUCUGCGCCCCGCACGGCCCCGAGCCACCGCGGCGCGCGCGGGCUAGUAAAAUUCAAGGCUCAGAAGCUUCUGGACCCCGAAAAAAGAAAAGAAAGAAAACACCAAAAAAAUUCUGGGAACAGGAACAGAAGGCUUCAGAGCACAAAGCCAAGACCUUUGGGGAGAAGAAAUCUCCAGUGGCUCCUGGGACCAAGAAGCCAACAGCAAACAAAGAGGAGCCUUCCAUCUCCACAGGGGCCCCUGCAGGUGGCCAGGCUGCAGCAUCUGAUUCUGUCUUUGCCCUGGAUGUCCUGCGCCAGCGGCUGCAUGAGAAGAUCCAGCAGGCUCGAGGCCAGGACUCUGAGCAGACCCUGCUUCCCCAGGAUGGCACGCUCUCUGCUGCCAGACUGGAGAAAAGGCAGCGGAGAAAGCAGGAGCGCGAUCGGAAGAAGAGGAAGCGGAGGGAGCUAUUAGCGAAGGAGAAGGAGAAGGCGAAGGCAGCGGCACAAACCGGAGGCACUGCAGCGGUGGCGGAUCCCCCUGCAGCGGUCUGCGCAGGGCCGCAGGAGCCAGCGCUGAUCUUCAAUAAGGUGGAGGUCAGUGAGGAGGAGCCGGCCACCAAGGCCCAGCGGCGGAAGGAGAAGCGGCAGAAGGUGAAGGGGAACCUGACCCCUCUGACAGGCAAGAACUACCGGCAGCUGCUGGAGCGCCUGCAGGCGCGGCAAGGCCAGCUGGAGGAGCUGCGGGAGCAGGACGCAGGGAAGGCCCGGGAGCUGGAGGCCAAGAUGAAGUGGACCAACCUGCUGUACAAGGCCGAGGGGGUCAAGAUCCGGGACAACGAGCGGCUGCUGCAGGAGGCCCUGAAGCGCAAGGAGAAGCGCCGGGCUCAGCGGCAGCGCCAGUGGGAGAAGCGCUCGGCCCACGUCGUGGAGAAAAUGCAGCAGCGGCAGGACCGGCGGCGGCAGAACCUGCGCAGGAAGAAGGCGGCCAAGGCUGAGCGGCGCCUGCAGAAGGCCCGCAGGAAGGGCCGCGUGCUGCCCCAGGACCUGGAGCGGGCGGGCCUCGCCUGAGUACCCCGACCCUCCCACCGCGAACCCUCCCCACCCUGGCUGCUGUCUCUGAGACUUCAGAGCUCCCAGGUGAUACGUGACACUGGGCACAGCCCGAGCGCAGCAGAUGCCAUCCUCGUCUCCCAGAGCUGCCUGAGGCUCAGAUCACAUGCUGAGGAGAGUGGGGUGUCUGUGUUGUCCCUGAGCAGGGCCAAGGCCUGCAGACCCACAGGAGUCGAGAACUAGACUCAAUCCCAGAGUCCUUGUAGGGUGGGAGAGCUUCCCUGAAGUCUGCAGGUUGCUGCGGAGCCCUCCUCCAGGCCCUCCUGCCUUUCCUGGGUUCCCAGGGGUCCUGGGCAGGAAGAAAAGGGCCUUGGUCAACUGUCCCAUUAGUCCAGGGCUCAACAGGAAGGGAUGCAAGCCCAGGGGACUGACUGGCUCCCAUAGCUGGGAGAACUGGCUCCCAAGCACUGCCCUUCUGGGGAUGCCUUGCUCUUCCCUGUGGUAGUCUCAUCUCUCCUGUUCCUCAAUAGUCCUAGGACAAUGU